UGUUUUGGUCAUCAAAAAACUUACUGUUGAAUGACACUAAAGUAAAUAUUGGCUUUCCGCGUAAACAAGAAGCAGCAGGAAGCCUCGGCAACUACUUAAAACAUCUCCCCAUCUCAGUUCAGGUUCCAGAAAAAAAUAUUCCCAUUUCUACAGAUACUUCAUCUAGUACUUGGCCUUUUAAGCCUGUAUCAAUUUUCUUAGAAAUACAGUGUAUAUCUGCAUAGAAGACAUGUAAUACAUAUACGUACCUUUGGAAUUUAAUAACUAUUUCUUUGUAGUUUUGGUGAAUAUUUGAGGGGGAAAGAGAGUGAUUGAAUUGAAUUAAUGCUAGCUGUGUCACCUUUGAGGAACACAACUGAGGAUGAGAACAAAGGAGCGACGGAGAAUUUCAAAUUCAAUAUUAGCUCGGAAGAGUUCACUGACUUCUACCAUGGGAAUUUACUCGAGAGUAUUGAUUUGAGGAAAGAGGAAGAAGGUAAGGUUUCGGAUCCGGGUUCAUGUUCAGGUUCAGCGUUAGGUUGGAGCAGAAACAAAGGCGAGGAGAUUGUUAGCAAAAGAGAGGAAGGUAGAGCAGUUAAAACAACUUCGAAAGAUGCUGAUAAGGGAAGAAAAUUACCAGCACAAGCAAAGAAUAACAAUCAAGGGAAACGAAAAGAGAAGGUGGAUUGAACGCCAGAGCUGCACAGGAGGCUCGUGCAAGCAGUAGAGCAGCUGGGGCUGGAUAAGGCGGUGCCUUCAAGAAUUUUAGAGCUUAUGGGAAUCCAAUGUCUCACUCGCCAUAACAAUAUUGCCAGCCAUCUUCAAAAAUAUAGAUCUCAUCGGAAGCAUUUGCUAGCUCGUGAGGCGGCGACGGCAGCAAGCUGGACCCAAAAGAGCCAAAUCUGUGGUGCUGCCACCACUGCAGCAGGUGGAGGCAAGAGAGACAUGAAUCCUUGGCUUGCACCCACUAUGGGUUUUCCGCCUAUGCCACCGUCGUCACCCUUGCACCACCACUUUAGGUCUUUGCAUGUAUGGGGUCAUCCCACCGUGGACCAAUCCCUAAUCCACUUAUGGCCUAAACAUCUAGCCCCCCCGCCGCCACCACCGCGGCCUACGUGGGAACCUCCGCGAGCAGGCCCCUCGUAUUGGCACCACCACCACAAACGUGUAACAAAUGGAAUAAGUCCAGGAAUACCUUGCUUUCCACAACCACUGCCACUAGCAACAAGGAGAUUUGCUGCAGCACCGGUCCCGGGCAUUCAACCGCACCAUGGCACCAUGUACAAGGCAGACCCCGGCAUUCACGUCCUAUCAAGUCCCCACCCUCUCAUGGACUUCCACCCGUCGAAAGAGAGCAUAAAUGCAGCUAUAGGAGAUGUUCUAUCGAAACCAUGGCAACCACUUCCUCAGGGACUGAAGCCGCCAGCUAGCGAUACUGUUUUGGGAGAGUUGCAACGUCCAGGACUCCCCAACAUACCACCCUCUUCCGCUUGAUAUAUGUAUCCCUUGCAUUGCAUGCAACGUCAUUUUCAACACCUUAAUUUGACGAAAUUAACCAUAUGUUAGGUUUGAAGUACAAGUCUUUCCUUUCUAUUCCUAUAUAUAUAUAUAUAUAUAAUAUUCCUUUUUCCAUGCUUAGAAUAUAGCCAUUACUUGAAAGGUUUUCCUCCUACUAACUCUUUAUUUUUUAAUUAAAUUAAGUGGAAACAAACACUUUGUUACAUGCACCAUUUAUGUAUGUAUUUAUUAGCGAAACAUAUGAAAUAAUAUUUAUUGAGUGUCGAUAAUAAA